UUUUUCAGACGGAAUGUAGUGGACGAUACACGCAUUCAGACGCUGAUGUUGAACCUGCUGAGGAUGUUUGACGUUGCAUUCAUCGUAUAUUGAUCCUGUUGUUCUCCAAAUUGAUAAUGUGAACUCGUCUUUGGUACCUUAUUGCUGCUAAACACAGAUCAAAUAUGAAUCGAACAGUCCAAAAAUCAUUGUUUUUCAUCGUGAAAUCAGUGCGGACAUCGCCAAGCAACUUUGCCGGUAAAUUAUAUGCAUGGCGUGGCCUUUCCACCACUCCUGACCCGCACACAAAGGUCUGCAUUGUAGGGGGCGGUCCGGCCGGUUUCUACACCGCCCAGCACAUCAUAAAGGGUCGCCCCGAUGUGCAGGUGGAUGUCUACGAGCGUCUCCCCGUCCCGUUUGGCCUCGUGCGCUUUGGGGUUGCCCCUGACCACCCGGAGGUCAAGAAUGUCAUAAACACCUUCACCCAGACGGCCCAGCACGAGCGCUGUCGUUUCCUUGGCAACGUCAAUGUAGGCAAGGACGUGAGUGUGGACGAACUGAGGCAGGUGUAUCAUGCAGUUGUGCUGAGUUACGGUGCCGAAGGGAACCGCAGUUUGGGCGUGCCGGGUGAGCACCUGUCUGGCGUCUACUCCGCCAAAGACUUUGUGGGUUGGUACAACGGGCUGCCCUACAACAGAGAGCUCCAGCCAGACCUUAGCCAUGAUACAGCUGUGAUUCUGGGUCAGGGAAACGUGGCCGUGGAUGUUGCUAGGAUACUCUUGGCCCCGCUGGACAUGCUGAAGAAGACCGACAUUACCCAGGCUGCUCUGGAUGCCCUUGCCAAUAGCCAGGUCCGGAGGGUUCUGAUAGUGGGCCGUCGGGGGCCGAUGCAAGUGGCCUGUACCAUCAAGGAACUGCGUGAGAUGGUGAACUUGCCCGGAACACAACCUGACAUGCUGACUGACGACUUUCAUGGUGUAAAUGAGGCCUUAAAAGACCUGCCGCGGCCCAGGAAGAGGCUCACAGAGCUGAUGCUGAAGGCACUGAAGGAGCAGGCUGUUAAAGGGGCACACAGGAAGUGGGGUUUCCGUUUCCUGCGCAGCCCACUGGACGUGCUGCCCAGCGCAGACGGCACUCGAGCCGCCGCCAUCCGAUUGGCCCUCAACAAGCUGGAGGGUUCGGGGGACGAGGCACGUGCUGUGCCCACAGGCGAGGUGGAGGAGGUUCCGUGUGGCGUCAUCAUCAGCAGCAUUGGCUACAAAAGCCUGCCCAUCGACUCUGCUGUGCCCUUUGACCCCCGGAAAGCCAUCAUUCCCAACACGAUGGGCCGCGUCCAGGAGACCACAGGUCUGUACUGCAGUGGCUGGGUGAAGAGAGGUCCCACUGGUGUCAUAGCAACCACCAUGAAUGACAGCUUUGACACGGGGCGCGUGCUGCUCCAGGACCUUGACUCAGGAGCCAUCGACCUAUCGGAGGCAAGGCUGGGAGCGCAGGGCAUUGCGCCCCUACUGGAAAAGAGAGGGGUGCGUCCGGUGUCGUUCAGUGACUGGGAGAAGAUAAGUGGUGAGGAGGUGAGGAGGGGGGAGGCGCAGGGCAAACCCCGGGAGAAGAUGCUGGACGUGCAGGAGAUGCUCUCCGUCGCCUGGUCCUGAAGACGUCUCAAAAGCCUCUCACAGACGUCUCAAAAGCCUCUCAGACGUCUCAAAAGCGUCGCUGUGAUGGUUCAGCCAUGGCCAGCCUCACUGAGUUCAGCCGUUCUCAUUCCUGCCCUCAACAUCUCACAGCACUGGAUGUUCUACGUGUGUUCUACGUGUGUUCUCCACACGUGUUCUCCCAGCUCAAAGACACCUGCUUCAACCCAUCAGUCCGACACCAACAGUGUCUCCGUGAGCUCAGGUGUUUUGGGACAGAGACGUCCACUGGAUGCUUAAAGUGUCUGUGUGAGUGCACACCUAAUUUAUCCCAAAGGGCCUUUAAAUGGGCAGCUGCACCCCCCCUUCCCCUGUCCCCUACCCAACACAAAACAAAGUACUAAGCAAAACUAUGAACUAUAUAUUAUUAUACACAUUGAACUUUAUAUUACACAGAACUAUAUAUUAAAACUAUUAUGCUGUGAUUAUCAUUCUCCUUAAAAUGUAUGUGGCAGCCUAUUCCAACAAAGCACUGACUGACUUAUGCUCCUUGACGUUCAUUGGCGUCGGACACAGGGCUAUGGUCGAAUGGUCUUUUUUGCGUAGAAAGGUUCCCAACUGAAUUCUGUACAUGCUUCAGCAUAGGGGUACACGGGAUCGUUCGUUAUGGAAGAACAGGAGAUAAUGCCGUCCCACAAUCCCUUGCGACAGCAACAACAACCGCUGUUGUCUAAUUACGUUGGCUAGUGUGAGUGCGUGUGUGUGUGUGUGUGUGUGUGUGUGUGUUGGCUAGUGUGCGUGUGUGUUGGCUAGUGUGCGUGUGUGUUGGCUAGUGUGAGUGCGGUGGGAUUCACUUAGCACUGCAGUUGUCUCUUCCCAAGGCAAGGUACGUUUAUUUAUGAAGCACAAUUCAUAAAUAUAGGUAAUUCGAAAUGCUUUACAAAUGAGCAGAAUAAUAAAAAUAAGAGAUUAAAAUAUUAUAUUUUUUUGACUAUUCAACCACAGCCUAGGUCUAGUGAGAGUCCUGAGUACUUGUAUCCUAUGACUGUCUUUGGUUGGAAUGAAACCAAUGAAAUUGCCUUUAAAAUACUACAUAUUCAAAUGGGUUUUCAUUUCUAACCAACUGGGGAGAAACUUGAUGCCAUUUGAUUUAUAAACUAAGCUCUGAUUGGUCAGUAGUUGGCUUGAAUAAAUAGGUCAAAGCCAAAACAUUUCUGUGUCCGUCUGCAGAGUCCAACCUAGAAGUCUUUCAAAGCAGUGUGUCUGUGUUUGAAUGUGCAUAAGUCAGUCAUUAAUCCUGUCUUGAGAAACCCCCUUUGGUGUGUGGACCAGAGGCCAGUGUUGAAGCUGCUGCUAGUAUUGCUUUAAUAGCCAUUAUAAAUAACAUGAUGUAUAUUAUAUUAUAUAACUGUUAUAUCCUAGCAGUUAUGUUCUGAUUAUUACUCUGGAAUGCAAUGAUUAUGUCUUCACACUGGUGGAAACUGUAGAUUUAGAAUUUAGUGAAUCAUUUUUAAUUGUUGAUAUAUAACCGUAUCUGCUAUGUCAUUGUUUUCUCAUAGAGGGUUUUGCACACUGUAUGUUGGUAUCAGGGUUGUGGACGCGGACGCUGAGAUGAUGUCACAAUGCUGUUGAGAGGAUGUCACAAUUCUGUUGAGACUGCCGUGGUGUUUGUCUUCUAAUUUUACCACUGUCCUUUUAGUUGACUUUGUUUUGUUUUCACUGACCAGUACCUGAAUAAACAUACUAUGGUUGUGGAGGGA